GAACUGAGGAAAGGAGGAAACUAUUUUGCCUAUCAAAGAGCAAUAACUCGUUUCAAUGGUGUAAGUAAAUUUGGGUGUUGUUUAAUUGUUCUGUAAUUUAGAGUUGAUAAUCUAAACAUAAUAUCCACUUGAUGAAGAAAAUUAUUUUGGACCAAACCAUUUUUUUACGUGCAGUCACACUUGCUGUUAGGGAUAAAUCUCACUUCCUUAUAUCAAUGAAUUUUAAGAUGUGUUUGUCACUUUUUGACCAUGUUUGGUUCACUUUUUAGCAAAUUUUGGAAGGAUAUACCAGUAAAGUGGCCUCGAUAUCUGUCACACCAGGUAUGCGAGUUAACACUCACGUGAGACUUGAAAGUAAUUUCUCUAUCUUUUCAGUUUAGUGGGCUGUUAACUUUCAUGAGAGCUUUGUGACUUGGAGAGAAACUUCCCUUUUGGCAAGAGUCAAUUGCUACAGUUGCGCGGGCAAAUUGGAAAAAAGUUAAACUCAAGUAAUGGCAGAUCCUUGUUGAAGUCUGCCACUGUUUCAAAAGUUUGUGCCUGGCCUUAUUUCUCCCCUUCAACUGAAUAAGUUAGGUGUAAAACCUCGGCCACUGCAGAUUACGAAAAGCAAACUAACCUACCACCGUUGUUUCUGUGUUUACUAAAUAAUUCUUAUUCCGGUCUGCAUUUACAUUUGGUCACCUUUCAAUUCUUAUCAUAAUUAUCAUAGAAUAACAUCCUUUUUAGUAGAUUUUUUGUUAUUUAUUUUCACUUAAAUGUAAAAUUUGUGCAACUUCCAUUGAUGUAAUUAACAAAAGUGCCUUGAUGCUUUCAGCUCUAUGAUGAGAAAGGCCACAAUCUAGAUUAAGGUCAGGUUUUUUGUUCUCGCUUGCUCUUCUAUGAAUUUUAAUGUUUAACUAUUAUUUUCUUUCAAUCUGCAGAGUCACUUAAAUAUACUAAAGAAACCAUAAAGGGAGAUGCCAGUGAGUAUUGUGGGGACACAAGAAGCUGGUAUUAAAUUUUUGAUUAAACAGCGCCAAUAAAUCCAUAAUUAAACAGCAUGUUGGAAUAAUCUCGUAAUAAUCAUUUGAAUCCUCUCAAAGCUAUCACUUGAUUCCUUCAUUAUUUUCUCCAAUUUUCAUGGAGACACAGAUUUUCAUAUCUGAUGUAAAUCCCUCCUAUUUUCUAACAGGUGAAUCCCAAGUCUUUCGGGCUGCUGUCAUCGCUCUUUGUUGCAUUGUUUUCUUCUUGCUCAUUGUGAUUGGUGCGCUAAUAUGGCGGUUGAGACGAACUGAGCUUAAUAAAAAAGCAACCACAGUAAACAGUGGUAUCUCCGCCCCAUCUGGUGGUCAUCAAGCGUCAGAGCCUGGUGUUUAUAUGGAACUCCACCCCAGGCCUUCGGAAGGGAAGUCACGUGAAUCUCCUGAGUACCAGUCAUUGCAGGACACUCAAGUGACUUCCAAUUAUUACAAUGUGGGAUUCAAGAAAGAAAGGUCAGGGAAGAAAGACGGCGGAAUCUACGAGAAUUCGCACAGUUGA